UGUAAUUUGUUGCUAUUCUUCUAUUCAAAUUACUCGCAAUAUGUGUGAGGUAGAUGUAAAAAUUAUCAAACGAACUCAAGAAACCCUUGGAAAAUUAAUCAAAAAGCCGGUUCUUACUGAAAAACUUUUGUCGAGACCUCCAUUUAGAUUUCUUCACGAUAUAUGUACGUCAGUUAUUAGGUCGACAGGAUUAAUGAAAGGUUUAUUUAACUCAGAAGAGUUGGAAGCUGAUAAUGUCAAAGACAAAGACAAAAAGUUGGCGUUUCUUCAAAAGUUGGUAGAUUUUUUGACCGUAGUGCAUGAACGAACUAUUCCUGUUAGAAUAAUGAGCAUUGUUGCUGGUAAGGAGGCUGAGAAAACGAAUGAGAUGCUGUUUCUACUAGCUGAAGCUGUCAAUAAAAAGGUUUGAUCGGAUAACUUAUGAUCGUUUAGAUCAAUAACGAAGAAUAUGUUGCACGAGUUCUCCAAGGACGUAAAGUCGAUGAUGGUAAAACAAGUACUGUUAAAAAGCAAGUAUCAGAAAUUAAGCUUUCAAAAAAGAAGCCCAGUUCAGAGUCAAAUAUCGUGGAUCAUCGAACGAAGUUGACUCAAAGUCGCCGGAAAUACAAGUUAAAUAUGGAAAAAGACUCAACAGACCCAGUUAAUAUAGAAAAAUGCGGUAGCGCGAGGGAAAGUAAUCUGUUUCAAGAUUCUGGAAGUCGUGCUGGUAAACAAUGUGGUUUGCAAACGCCGGAAAAAUCACAAGAAGAAACUGUCGCCCCAACCCUCCAAAAUUCUGAAACAUCAGUCUUCCAACCUCGACAUCACAGGCCUGCAUCCGCCAAAGGACAGAGGGUGAAAAAUGAUGAUGUGAAGAUAUCAACCGAUCAACAGGAUAGUAAACGUGAACCAACUGAAAACUCAAGAUUGGCACUGCCUCGCCCAAGACGCUCUGGAGAUUUUGUAAUUGAAGAUAAUCACAACCAAGUGAAUAUGACAUGUAUAUCUGGACUGAUUAUUUCUGAUUCACAACAUGAUACAACUGAUGAAGAACACGAUGAUAAUAAUGAUGACAAGAAAUUUGUUAGCGUAGAAACUCCUGGUAAUAUAUCAGCAGAUAUUUUAACAAAACAGUGGGAUAAAACUGAGCUAGAAGAUAAUCAUGAACAUGGUGGUUUAGUCACUAAAAUAUUGCAAACGAAAAAAGAAUAUGAAAAUAUUAGUACAAUGAAUAAAGAAAGUUUAAAAGUACAGUCUAGCAGAUUGAAUGAAGCAGCUAAAGAACGUGAGAAAGCUUUAUUAAAAAAAGAAAUUAAUCGUUUAUGUGAUUCACUGCAAACAUUAUCCCGUUCAGCUAUUCCAUUGAGUAAACUAAUGGAUUUUGUUCAAGAAGAUUUAGAAACAAUGCAACAAGAAUUUGAACGUUGGAAAACUGAAAAUCAUAUACUUAAAUCUCAAUUAAAACAACAGGAAAAUUUAAAUCAAACAUGUAUAGAACCCUUGAAAGCUCAACUAGAAGAAUUGGAACAAUAUGCCAAAGAAAAAGAGAAGGCUAUUGUUAAAUGUAAAACAAAAAUAUUUCAUAAUAAUGAGCGUAUACAAAAUUUAUUGUUUAAAUCGUUGGAAAAAGUCUUGUGAACAGUGAUUUAAAACAAAAUUAAUAAAUGAACAUAUUGAAUUUUCAUCUUAAUAUUCUGUUUCAUUAUAGUGUCGUAUAUUUCCACCAAGUUUAAUGCUAUUUUCUGAACAACUUAUGGAAGUCAAUCAUUUUUUGCGGGAAACAUAAACCUAAAGAAUUUGGACUGGCCUUUCACCUAACCGACUGCGUUCAUUUUAGUCAUCGAAUAAUUAAAAAGUAUUUUCUAUCAAGUAAUGUGAGACUAUUGAUGAAUGCUUCGAAUAAAUUAUGAGUUUCUUUGCUGAUUAUUUCAAGAUAUUUUAUGGCAUAAAUUA